CUAGUGUUAUCGCCUCCACGUGGAAGGAACCUAGAUCCACGGGAAGUCCAUGGUCACUGUUUUUUUCUCUCUCAUUGAAGGGGCUUAAAAAGGAGGGUCAAGGCUCAGCAUUUGACAUCCUGGAUAAAUAGGGACCGAGCAAGGCUGCUGAUGCUUUCUGGAGCUCACUGACCCACUUUUUAAAUUUUUUUUUAAGGAUACGUCCUUCUUCACUAUGUUUUCUCUUGAAGAGAAAAUUACAAGCAGAACUUGCUCUGGUUACCAGGAUCAGCAUCCUCACACGAUCCUUUAUAACAUCUUGAGCUGGAGGGACAGCGACUACCUCAGCAACAAACUGAACUCUAACUCCGUAGCACACAACUGCCACUGUGAGCAGAGGAGGGCAGUUUGCCUGAAGGACCCAAAGGCCACCUGCCAAGUUGCCUCCGGUGUGCUGGUGAAAACCGUCUGCUUCAUGAGAAGUUUACCCUCCUUCAGUCAGCUUCCACUGGGAGAUCAGUCAUCACUGUUAAGACACUGCUGGGUGCCUUUAUUUGUGCUGGGGCUUGCACAGGAAAGAAUAGAGUUCGAAGUGAGUGACGUACCAAAUUCAAGUAUCCUCAGACAGAUUUUGCUCAGACCGGGACUUUCUGAAAAGGAGGCUGACCAACCAACUCUUGCCGGCGUCCACAGACUGAGAACUUGCUUGCAUCAGCUGUGGGAACUGGAUCUCAGCCCGAGGGAAUAUGCUUACCUGAAGGGAGCUAUGUUGUUCAAUCCAGCUGUUCAAGGAUUGAGCGCCAUGUUGUUCAUUGAGGGCCUCCAAUGGGAAGCUCAGGGAGCUCUCAGAGAAGCCGUCCUCCUCCUGCACCCGGGGGACGCCAGUCGCUUCAGGCACAUCCUCAUAGCAGCCUCUGCCAUUCAGGCCGUCAGCCACAGCCUGGUCACGGAGCUCUUCUUCAAGCCGGUUAUUGGCAACGCAAACAUGUUACAUUUAUUAUCAGAGAUGUUAUUUGUCCCAUAAGAUAAAAGAGAAUAGACUUUUUAUAAGUUGAGUGUUGUAUUGUUGUUAUUUUAUACAGUGAAGUGCAUGAAAUAAACCUUUGAAUACCUUG